CUGAGGUGGAAGGACGAGAUAAUGCUGGUUGCAGUGACUGGUCAUCGCAAUCGCCAUUUGGUCAUCUGGUGAGAUUAUCUCUCUGGUUGGGGGCAGCUAUUUGAGACUAGUCAAACUAAAAAUAGUUUUAUUUGUAGGAACCUGACUUACCUGUUGACCCGAAUGUAAAGUCUCCGAAAUAGCCACCAGUUGAUUGGUUUGUGCACUACGCUGCGGUAGGCACCUAGAGUGCAUUAGUGCAGAUUGUGUACAGGGUUGUAGCUUAUGAGUGAUAGGGAUGAACAGCAACCGGAUGACCGGAUCUUGCGAUCGGCAAGGCGCCCAGUAGCCCAUUUGGCAUUAGGACCAGAGGGCGACAGACAUCUGUUCCGCCAGCUUAGGGAGAGGCAGCAGCAGCAGAGGAGGGUUAGAGCAGCAGAGGCUAGCAGAACACUAGUGAGUGAAGCCGCAGCUUCAGAAGCCAUGGCCACCUCAGCACAGCAGUCUACUCAGGCCGGUAGUUCAGGGUCUGUUGGGUCAACGGUCGCGCAGACCCAAAGUCAGUCCACUGGGGUCAUGGCGAGCCAGCCACUGGUGUCAACUCCCGAUGAGAUUGCCAUACAACAAGCAGCAAUGCAGGAGGCACAGCUACAGAAGGCGUUAGGAGAAAUAAAAGCGGAGAAAGACAGAAUGAUUAGAAGAAGAGCCAGGAUGCAACGUAGACAAGCGGACAUUAGUGAGUUAGAGGAGAUGGACCUGACGAACGUGACUGAUGAUGUGAGACUCGUACGGUCUGUCCUGCUGAAUGUAGUUGAGAUGCGGGACCAUCAGACAGCCAUCCUUCAGGACAUCCAACAAAAUGAUGAUGAUGAUGAUGAUGAUGAUGAUGAUGAUGAUGAUGAUGAUGAUGAUGAAUAUGAUGAUGACGCACUAAUGAAGAUGCUCAUAUUGAUGAUGAUGAUGAUGAUGUUUGUCAUCGUGUACCUCGAUGACAUACUUAUUUUUAGUACGACUGUCGAGGAGCACGUUGCACAUUUGGACAAAGUCCUCGGUCUCCUGCGACAGCACAAGUUCAAGAGCAACGGUGAGAAGUGCGAGUUUGGCCGCACCCGUGUCUUGUACUUGGGCCAUGAGAUCUCCGAGGAAGGGUUGAAGCCCGAUGACGUGAAGGUGGCCAGCAUUCGUGAUUGGCCAUGUCCUCAGUCUGUGACUGAGAUGAGAUCUUUCUUAGGAAUGACAGGCUACUAUAGGACUUUCGUUAAGAACUACAGUAUAGUGGCCGCUCCUUUGACUGAUCUGACCCGCCUUGACACCCCUUGGGAAUGGACAGAUGAGUGCGAGGCUGCUUUCAGACAUCUGAAGCAUGCGUUGACACACUACGAGGUCUUGAAACUUCCUGAUCCUGAUAAGCCGUUUAUAGUCACCACGGAUGCCAGCCAAUAUGGCAUUGGCACCGUGCUCGCGCAGCAAGAGGGUCCAAAGUUAAGGCCUGUAGAGUACAUGUCCAAGAAGAUGCCCUCUCAGAAGUUGGCAAAGUCCACCUAUGAGAAGGAACUCUAUGCGGUGUACAAGGCUCUGACCCAUUAGAGACACUAUCUCCUUGGGAGGUUCUUCAUCCUCAGGACUGAUCAUCACACCCUGAG